UUCUCUAUUUCGUCCAUCCGCCUCCUCCUAAAUUGUAAACAUGCUCGGGAUCGUGCAACAGGUAAGGGAUCUGCUGCGCGUCCACUACAAUGCAUUGGGUGUCAGCUGCCUGAUCUGCGUGUCUCUGGUUGGCAUUCUGGACUACAGUCACGGAGUCUAUGGCUGCGAUCUGUACUGUUGGCAGGAGCAGCUGGAUCUAGUGGAGGAUAAGCCCAUGGCCCUCUUGCUGCUCAUUGCCAGCUUCAAGCUGAUAAUCAUCGUGAUUUUGACACUGCUCAGCUAUACACAGACUCGUCCUGCGCUGGAGCAGUCGAUUGGGCAGCUGAAGCGUCGCUAUCGCCGGUUCAUUGUGAUGCGUCUGCUGGCUGCCCAUCAUAAAUUCCUCUACGGCGCCGGUGAGCUGCAGCACAGGCACUCGGAGCUGUUGCUGGCCAUUCAGCUGUUUCGCUCCGAUGCCCGAAAACUGUACGAACGCUCAGCGGAGCAGCUGCGUCAGAACGUGCGCCAGAUGCUCCAUGUGGAGGAGCAGCUGGAGCAGGAGCUACUGCAGAGGGGCUACGACAGGUACAAAUGCGUCUCCCAGUUACGGGAUGUGGAUAUAUAUCGGUUGGUGUUGGCGAUGCCGUUUCCCAAAGCAUAAA